CGGAGGACGCCCUGGAGGAGGAGGCGGCGGCCGGCCGGGAGGAAAAGCUGCAGCCGCCGCCGCCGCCGCCGCCGCCGCCGCCUAAAGAGAACCCCUGGACCAAAAAGCCUCCCCAGCACCUGUCCCCUGCCGGGACGGGGCCGCCGCCGUGCCCCCUGGAAACCCUGGAGGCAGAGCUCAGUUCCCCUAAAAUUAUAAAAGCAGGAAAACUCAAGACAAAGAAAUCCAACAAGGCUAGUGAUUUCAGCGAUAUGGCGAAUUGGCCAACACCAAGUGAAUUAGUGAACACUGGAUGUCACAGUGUCAUCAGCCAAGGAAAUAAGAAACCACAAAAUAGAAAAGAAAGAGAAGACAAGGUUGAAAAGAGAAUUAACAGUGAGAGCAAAGAAAGCCGGGAAACAAAAUUAGAUGGUCCUGGUGAAAAUGCCAGUGAGGAUGAGGCUCAGUCAAGUAAUCAACGAAAGAGAGCUAAUAAGCACAAGUGGGUACCACUCCACUUAGAUGAUGUAAGACCAGACAGUCAAGAAAGACCAGGAUCUCGGAACAGCUCAAGAUGUCAACCUGAUGCAAAUAAAUCAUCAUAUAAUAAUAGGAGAAAUGAUACACGAAGUUGGAGGCGUGAUAGAGAAAAGAGAGACGAUCAAGAUGAAGUUUCCAGUGUGAGAAGUGAGGGUGGCAAUAUCCGAGGUUCCUUUAGAGGCCGAGGAAGAGGCCGAGGACGGGGAAGAGGACGAGGCAGAGGAAAUCCUCGACUGAACUUCGAUUACUCAUAUGGUUAUCGAGAACAUGGUGAAAGGACUGAUCAGCCAUUUCAAACAGAACUUAAUACCAGUAUGAUGUAUUACUAUGAUGAUGGUACAGGUGUACAGGUGUAUCCUGUGGAAGAAGCAUUGCUUAAAGAGUAUAUUAAACGCCAAAUUGAAUAUUACUUCAGUAUAGAAAAUUUAGAGCGGGACUUCUUUCUUAGGAGAAAGAUGGAUGAACAAGGUUUCUUGCCUAUUUCCCUGAUUGCUGGUUUCCACCGUGUUCAGGCUCUCACUACAAACCUUAAUCUCAUUUUAGAGGCACUGAAAGAUAGCACAGAAGUGGAAAUUGUGGAUGAGAAAAUGAGAAAAAAGAUAGAACCAGAAAAGUGGCCAAUUCCAGGCCCUCCUCCACGUAGUGUGCCACAAACAGACUUCUCUCAACUGAUUGAUUGCCCAGAGUUUGUACCAGGCCAAGCCUUUUGUUCACAUACAGAAUCUGCCCCAAAUUCUCCAAGAAUUGGAAGUCUGCUGAACCCAAAGAAAAAUACUGAAACAAGUAAUCUUCAAGCAAUGUCUAGAGGUUUGUCUACUAGUUUGCCUGACUUGGACUCAGAACCUUGGAUAGAAGUAAAAAAGAGACAUCGUCCAUCUCCAGUGAAAUUGAAGAGUAAAGAUCUGGCUUGGAGGAAAGCUGACUUGACUGUAGGUUCUGGGGGCCUAGAUAUUUCAGUGAUACCUGCUAAGGAAUCAUCAUCUCUACCUGAAGAGGCAUCAAAUCAGCUGUAUCCUUCAGAUGAGCAAGAGCAAGAAGAGCUUGAUUUUUUAUUUGAUGAAGAGAUAGAACAAAUAGAAGGACGAAAAAACACAUUUACGGAUUGGUCUGAUAAUGAUUCAGAUUAUGAAAUUGAUGACCAGGAUUUAAACAAGAUUUUAAUUGUCACUCAGACACCACCUUACAUGAGAAAACAUCCUGGAGGAGAUCGAACAGGCAACCACAUGUCUCGGGCAAAAAUUACAUCUGAACUUGCUAAAGUCAUUAAUGAUGGCUUAUAUUACUAUGAACAGGAUCUAUGGAUGGGAGAAGAUGAAAACAAACACACAGCCAUAAAGAUUCCAUUGCUUCAGCUUCCUGGAAUGCUAAGCACUACCUUCUCAGCUCAGCAGGACAGCCAUUUUUUCCUUGGGCUGAAGCUUCCUAUGCCAUGGUUGGGAAAUUGUAUCCAAAAAGAAAGCUCAGAUUUGAGUGAUGAAUCAGCCCAGAAGCUGUUUGAUGUUUCAGGAAUAUCUUUAGCAACAUUGGCCCAUUCAUUGCCCACAGCAGUUCCAGAAUCUCCUAGAAUUCAUCCUGUGAGGACACCUAAAACACCUCGAACACCCAGGUUACAAGAUCCAAACAAAACACCAAGAUUUUAUCCUGUUGUUAAAGAACCAAAAGCUAUUGAUGUAAAGAGUCCAAGAAAAAGAAAAACGAGACAUAGUACAAAUCCCCCUCUAGAAUGUCAUGUUGGUUGGGUAAUGGAUUCCAGAGAUCACGGGCCAAGAACAUCUUCUGUCAGCAGUUCAAAUGCUUCACCUUCAGAAGGUGCACCACUAGUAGGAGGUUAUGGAUGUACUCCUCAUUCAUUCCCAAAGUUCCAGCACCCUUCUCAUGAACUUUUGAAGGAAAAUGGCUUUACCCAACAAGUGUACCACAAGUAUCGUCGAAGAUGCCUAAGUGAGAGAAAACGCUUGGGAAUUGGCCAGUCCCAAGAAAUGAAUACCCUCUUUCGUUUCUGGUCCUUUUUCCUCAGAGAUCACUUCAAUAAAAAAAUGUAUGAGGAAUUUAGACAACUUGCUUGGGAAGAUGCAAAAGAAAAUUACAGGUAUGGAUUAGAAUGUCUGUUCAGGUUUUAUAGUUAUGGACUGGAAAAAAAAUUCAGACAAGAAAUUUUUAAAGAUUUCCAAGAAGAAACCAAAAAAGACUACGAAUCUGGUCAGCUGUAUGGAUUAGAAAAGUUUUGGGCUUACCUAAAAUAUUCUCAAUCUAAGACACAGUCUAUUGACCCAAAACUUCAGGAAUACCUCUGUAGCUUUAAGAGGUUAGAAGACUUCCGCAUUGAUCCCCCGAUUAGUGAGGAAUUUGGAAGAAAAAGACAUUCAUCUACUUCUGGUGAGGACAGUAGUCGUCAUAGACUUCCAUCUAAUUCCUCUGCAAAGCCACCAAAUGCUGCUAAGCCUACAUCUGCUAAUCAGCUUCAGGUCCCAAUAAACUGUCCCAGAAGGAAUACUUCCCAGGAGUCCAGUGACAAUUCACACCAGAACAGUGCUGCCUCAGUCUCAACAGAUGGUGAAAUGCCUGAGAAAUAGACUCUUACAAAAGUUGUUUGCCCUUGAAAUCAACAUUUACAUCAGUAUUUAUUUGGGGAAAAUCUUCUGAUGUUUGAUUGUGAUAAUCACAAAAAAGAAAAAGGAAGAAAAGCGGUAGCAUUUUUUUCUAACAAGAUAAAUUCUGAAAACUCAUUUUCCCUGAUGUCAUGAGCAAGGAUAGUUUUGGUGACCUUUUAGAGAGAUCCUCUAGUAAUGUAUUUUGGUCUCAGUAUUUCUUUUUCAAAGCAAUUGUUUAUAAGAACAGCAUUCCUUAAAUAUAUAGAAAAACAAUGCAAGGAAUGCCUAAACAUUUCAGCUCAUACUUCUUAAAGAAGAUAUCGUAUGUUGUAUUCAUCUCUUCUAUAGAGCUUUCCUAAAGAAUCCAAUUACCCUGUUAUCAAUUCAUAUUUGAACUUAUCAAAAACAAAGGAAGAUUACGUAUAUAUUUUUUAAAUUCAAAAAAAAAUACAUUUGCUCUUCUUUUAGACCAAUAGCUUAAGGAAAUUUUUUUUUUAACCAAACUAGAACUGUAUUGCAGUUAAAUUGAAGUAUGAAAUAUGUGCACUUUGGAUGCUGGGUUUGGCUUUUUUCCUUCUCUAGUCAUACCUCAUGAUUUCCGUAGUUAUUGUUGUGCUAGUGUGGAAUGUUCUGAAUUGACAUCAGCUGGUUACAUAUUAGAAGAGAUUUACUUUUUGUGGCUCUAUAAUAAACAUGCACAAGUAAUUGAAAACUGGGUUGGGAUUGGUUAGGAAUUUUGUUCUAAAUCAAUUAAAUCUUGCCCUGUUUCUAAUGCAUCUUCUGUUUGUACAUUUGCAGGUGGGUAUGACAGGUAGUGAGAUUAUCUUCAGUUUAAAAGUAGUAUUUGGUUUUUCCUUUUUGUUUCUUUUAGUUUUGUUUUAUGCUCAUGUUUUCAAGAGUUAUAGCAAAUUGAUUUCUGAUUUUUAUUGCUCUUGCAACUGAUGUAAAUGAUAGUUUCAGUUUUUGUGGUAAUUAAAAAAUAAAGCACUUAUUCUAAAUUA